AUGUGGAAGCGGUACCAAGGCUCCAAAGUGUUCGCAAGAGACAACUCUAUUGGGCAAAGCCAGCUGACGAAGCUAACGACGGCGGACGGUAGUAAGAAGCUAAAUGUAGAUAAUUUGUUGCAGGUUGACGUUAUCCUAGUCCUAGACAAUGAAAGACUGUUCAUUGAAUUGAAGAGAGACAUGCCAAAGUUCGUCAAAGUGGUCUACCUGCCGAAAAGUGGAGGUGUCGUGGAACGAUCCGAUACGCAGCGAGCGGAGAGCCGUGACGCUCGAGUGAGAGAAUACUUCUACGGCAAGCGCACGCCCUACUACCCGCAUUCCUUCGACGUCAAGUUCAGCGAUCUCAAGAUAUACAAGGUGGGCGCGCCAUCCCUGCCGACAUCGUGCAUGCCGCUGGGCAUGCGUGCCGAGGACGCGCUGACCAAGCUCGUGGGCGUGCCCGCGGGCGCCGCGCUUGCUCACCGCGUGCUCGCAGUAUCCUUCGCGGCUGCACCAGAUGAUGACGUGUUACAUACUAACCUGGCUGGCUUCGUGUGCGUCACGGCAGUAGACACGGAGCGGCAGACGCUGACGGUGCUGUCGCCGCAGCCGCGCCCGCUGCCCAACACCAUCCUGCUGCUGUCCGACCUGCAGUACAUGGACAACCACUAGCCGCCGGCGGCGCGUGACACUCUGUUCACAUUGCCACGCGCGACGUUUUAACAUGGCUGCCGGUGCCUCGAACAUAAAGU